AUGUGGAAACAACUUUUCCAAGUAAAAGCGUGUGCGUUUGUUUCAGAAUUGGUGUUCCAAGUCGACGACGGUGCGUCCUCGGUCGUCGUGCCGCUCGUGCGGCCUGACGUCCGUCUUGUGUUGUCCUUCGGGCUUCAGGGACUGCCGGUCGGUCGCGCGACGCUGAGAAAAACGUGUCGAAAUGUCCUCUCCAUCGAUGACGUUGCGCUGUGUGUGUGUAUGUGCGCGCGCAGGACCAGCCUGAUGAUGUCAAUCAAAGGUCGUUCCUUCGGGUGCUCCGAGGAGGCGGAGCUUAAGAUCUGCUGCCCGGGCUUCGGGGGCCCGACUGCAACGAGUGUCCCGAGAAGCCGAGCGGCCGCCGAAGAAUUUGCUCUCGGAGGCAACGGAACCUGCAACUGCCAGCCGAUGUUGACUCCAGUUCACGAUGAAUCCAUGUUGCCACACCGAUUCCACUCUUUGGUGUGCCCUUGUGUCAGGCGGGCUUUGCAGGAAGCGCCUGCGAGGACUGCGAAGCGGGUCGAUACGGCGCCACCCGCAACUCUGGUUCUGCGUCGUGGCCCCUCCGCAACUUGGGUCCGUUCGCAGUGUUUGUUCCCACCGACGAAGGAUUCAAAGGAAAGGCGCGGGCACGAAAUGACGUCAACGCCCGCGUCAUUCCCGUCCGCGUCACCGCAGGUCGCACGGCGGUUUCCGCUGCUGUUUGACUGCGUGUCCACUCCUGAGAGAUGUUUGAGGUGCCAAGAGAAGGUUGGAGUCCGGUCCUGGUCCUGAGCAAAUAAUCUCGUCAAAAGUUUCGUCAUCCGACCGUCCGGACCGCUGUGUUCGUGGGCCCGACGGCUUCCGGGGAAAUGGAACCACACCCAAAAAAGGACUGAAACCUGUCACACGACCUGCAUCCCGACUGUGCAUCCGUGCGUGCAUGCGUAUAGCUAAAGAUGCGUGUGCGCAGGAUAACGGCGGCUGCGGUUUGUUUGCGUCGCGCAAGCGAGCCCGACCUGGUCGACGCUUGUGUGUCUGCGAUCAGGGUUACUAUGGCGAUGGGCUGGUGUGUGUCGGUCAGUUGACAUAUCAAACAUUACUUAUUGAUUAUUCAUUUACUGUAUAUAAUAUGGCUGGAAAACAAUAAGCUUGUGUGUGUGUGUCUGUGUGCGUUUUCAAGAGUGAAAUCCAUGCCUCGAAGGAAACGCUGGUUGCCAUGCCGACGCAGACUGGUUCACAUCGGCCCAAACAAAGUAAGCCCUGAUUUUAGACGGCAGGCUGAGAUGACACAGGAAGCGUUGAUUGUCCUUGUGUCGUUUCGAUUGUAAUCGCUACCUCAGACGUCGUGCAGCUGCGUGGACGGUUACACGGGAGACGGACGCAACUGCGAGCCGGUCAACUCGGGUCAGAAGGCGCGUUUGUUUUACCGUCCGGUGCAGUUGUGUGUUUGUGCAGUCAUUUGUAGUUUUGGUGGUUGUUUGGGCGUAUCGGUCGUCGACCUUUUCCUUUGCGGAAAAACGCCGGCUGUCACCCAUGCGCCAGGUGGAACGCGACGGGCCCGGGCGUUCGCUCGUGCUCCUGCGUCGCAAAUUUCAUCGGUGACGGUUUGACCUGGGGACCAUCAGCCCUAACCCUGAGCGGGCCAUCGUUGUCUUGCAGGAGGUGGAGGUGCCUGAGGCCAAUAGGCCGCCGGAAGACCUGCUGCAGUUGGGCUAGGGCCUUUUACAAGUCACAAAAAAUCAUUUUCAAAUUGUUUCAACGUGAGAUGAAAGAGUUUAAAAUGUAACUUGCCAAACUAAAGUCAGUGAAAAGGGGCGGGUGGGCGGGAAAGGCGUUUGGGUGAUUUUUAUUUUUUUCUCAAUUUGCACAUGGGACAACCCCCAAACAAAGUAGUUGCUGCUUUCCCCUCUCAUGCUCCUCAACAGCGCCCCGAUACACAGACUCACAGCAUGAAACCUGUCAGUGCGAGCAUUGCGUAGGAGGGGCAGUGUUCCCCAGCUCAAGGUCUUCAGGGCUCGGCCUCGAACCUGUCCCGGUUCUGUUCAGAUUCUAUGCUUUUGUAUUUUAUCGUAAGCGGUACAGCAUGUUUAAUAAACCCGUUUCAGAUGCGUUUAAAA